AUGUUUGAGAACAUUGAUACAACGAUCUUAACACAGAUUGAAGAAUCAUUAAAAGGAAAUCAAAAUCGUGAUGUCGUAAAGAUUUCUCUUCCUGUCAAUGAACUUAAUAAAGUUGGUGUGCGUAACGCAAUAAACGCAAAAUACGAUGCUGAAAUUAUUGAUGGCAACUUAUUUAUUAAAUUUGAUGGUGGAGUCAAGGAAAGAAUCCAUCGUCGAAUAGCAAAUUCGUGUGAAGCGCAAAAACCAGAAUGGUUCACAGAAGUUAACAUGAUAUGUAUGGUUAGAAACAGUCAGCUUCGGCCUGAUGUAGGCAUAUGGUUCCGAACGCCAACACAUGCACAAAUGAUUGAACCUAUUGCAAAUUUUUGUCCACCACCAGAUAUUUGGAUUGAGAAUCCUAUUUCUCCGAAUCCACAUCCAGGAUCAACUAUCACUUCUGCAACAAGUCAAAUUAUCAGACCUUACAGAGCCCCAUAUGUUAUUUAUUGGGACCUAAAUGGCAACUUGAUCUACUAUAUAAUGGACUGGAAUCUUAAUCUUACACUUCGGUGCG